AUGGUCCGCCAAGUUAAGCUCCGCAAUCGUAAUUACUGGGCUUGGUUUGCCAAGGAGCCCGUCGGCAACACGCACGGCCACUGGAGCGAGUACGUGAUGCACGCCACGGCCAUCGCCUGCAACGUCACGUUCGUCAUGGGGCUCCAAGUCUGCGGGGUGCAACUGGAGUCGCUGAGGGAGAUCGCGCAGCUCGCUCGGCUCGCCCACUUUUGGCAGGUGUUCCCCGUCCUCGAUCGUCUCGGGGUGCGGGUCGCGCACGCUUUCCAGUCCUUGCAGAGGCGGGCCGCCCCGCCCUCGAGGUCGCUCUACGUCGCUGCCUUCGCGUUGUGCCCCCAGGGCGACACGCCCCCGGAGCUGGGCGAGUACUUCUGGCUCAUGUUCCCGCGCUUCUACUUCGGGCUGUCCGAGACCGAGCGCACGCCGUUCGCGAGGUACGCGGGGGCGAUGCUCGAGCGCUUCCUCCGGCGGGCCCAGAACAAGGAAGACCUUCGAGAGGUCGCCCUCGCCCUGCACCGGCUCCAUUUUUCUAACAAUACUUAG